AUUGUUCCGUAGCAUUUAGCCUGCAAGCCACACUGCGGAAAGACCGACCGUGGAGGGCUUUUCAUUCACAGGAUUUUAGAAGUUUCUCCCCGUCCCCUUUCCGAAAGCCAUACAUCCCGAUAAUACGGCGUGGUUUACGCUACAACCUUCUUUAACGGAGCAAAAACAACUGGAAAAGAUAUAUAUUCUCUAGGUUUUAUCGGCGGUUUUAUCUGCGAGCGGCGGGCGCCCGGACACACGCUGAUGGCGGUCACUAUUGAGGAUCUCUAUCGGAGCUACGGGGUCCUUGCUGAUGCUAAGGACAACCUCAGUCAGCACAAAGAUGCCUACCAAGUAAUCUUGAAUGGAGUGAAGAGUGGCCCGAAGGAGAAGCGCCUAGCGGCCCAGUUUAUCCCAAAGUUCUUCAGCAGCUUUCCAGAACUGGCCGACUCGGCCAUCAAUGCUCAGCUUGAUCUCUGUGAAGACGAGGACGUGUCGAUCCGACGGCAGGCCAUCAAGGAGCUUCCGCGGUUUGCAACUGGCGAGAACAUCCUCAGAGUUGCCGAUAUUCUCACCCAGCUCCUUCAGACAGAUGAUUCAGCAGAGUUCAACCAAGUGAAUGGAGCUCUUGUUUCGAUCUUCAAGAUGGAUGCUAAGGGUACCCUCGGAGGCCUCUUCUCUCAGAUCCUGCAAGGAGAGGACAUCGUGCGGGAAAGAGCCAUCAAGUUUCUGUCCACCAAACUGAAGACCCUGCCAGAGGACGUCAUGACAAAGGAGAUGGAGGAUUAUGUCUUUGCUGAGACAAAGAAGGUUCUGGAGGACGUGACCGGAGAGGAAUUUGUGCUGUUGAUGCGUGUGGUGUCAGGCCUGCGGGUGCUGCAGACGGUGAACGGGCGGCAGCAGCUGGUGGAGCUGGUGGUGGAGCAGGCCUUCCUGGAGCAGGCCCUCAACCCAGCCGACCCAGACACUGUUGACCGCCUGCUGCAGUGCACACGCCAAGCCCUGCCCCUCUUCUCUAAAAAUGUCCAUUCCACGCGCUUUGUAACCUACUUCUGUGAACACGUCCUGCCCAACCUCAGUGCCCUGACAAGUCCGGUGGCUGAGCUGGAUAUCCAGUUAGAGGUGCUGAAGCUGCUGGCUGAGAUGAGUCCUUACUGUGGAGACAUGGAUAAGCUGGAGCCCAACCUCAACAUGCUGUUUACCAAGCUGCUGGAGUUCAUGCCUGUGCCACCAGAAGAAGCAGAGAACGGAGAGAACACGGCCAGCGAGGAGCCCAAGCUGCAGUUCAGCUACGUGGAGUGUCUGCUCUUCGGCUUCCACCAGCUGGGCAAGAAGCUGCCAGACUUCCUCAUUGAGAAAGUGGAUGCUGAGCGCCUCAAAGACUUCAAGAUCAGGUUACAGUAUUUUGCCAGAGGCCUGCAGGUUUAUAUCAGACAGCUGCGAGUAGCACUGCAGGGCAAGUCAGGCGACGCUCUGAAGACCGACGAGAAUAAGAUCAAAGUGGUGGCCCUGAAGAUCACCAACAACAUCAACGUCCUCAUCAAGGAUCUCUUCCACAACCCUCCGUCAUUCAAGAGCACAGUCAGUCUGUCCUGGAAACCCAUCCAGAAGUCGGAGGCCGUAGCGCCCAAGCGCCCUUCCACUGAGGAGAUGGGUGCUGCCGACGGCACAAAGAAGCAGGUGUCUCUUCAGCCGAGGAGGGACGCGCGGCAGAUCUACAACCCCCCGAGUGGCAAGUUCAGCGCGACCAUUGGCAAUUUCACCUACGAGCAGCGUGGCGGCUUCAGGGGCGGACGAGGACGAGGGUUCGGAGGUCGAGGCAACAGGAGCAGAGGACGAAUCUACUGAGAAGCACAAACAGGCGUACAGUACUCACUGCUCAUUGAACUGCAUCACAUCAGGAUCUUUUCCGCGGAAGACGGACUAUUUGACCCCCACUUUUGUCUUUGACUGGUCUCCACGUCUUUUUUUUUUUUUUUUUUUUUAAUUUUAUUUUAUUUUUUGGCGGGAGGGGCGAGCUUUGGUUUCCUGUCGUCAAAAUGUCAGACAUCGGGCUCAGUCAUUUCAACAAUUACUCCCCGUAAUUUUCUGGGCAUAGUUAGCGUAACUCUAGAUGUUGGUCCCCCCCCCAUCAUUUUAAAAAUAUUCUGUGUAUUUUUGUGGAACAAAAGACUACCAAGUUGUAACUGGUAAAUAUUUUUGUCGGAUUGUUGUAGAGGGAGAUAAACAUAGUCUUGUUUGGAAUGUUAAUUGCAUUUCUUUCUACCAUUUUUAUUUAAUCGUGGUUUCUUUUUUUAUUAGAACAGAAGAUGAAUUGGCUAACUAUGCUACUUUGUAUGACUCAAAUGUUUCAUUGGAUCUUUAUCAUAAACUUGUAUGGAUUUAUGAA